AUUCACAAUUGUUAUAGUAUUAUUAGAGAAUGUAAAAUCUACAUUCUCUGGCAUUAUCGUAAAUAUUAUAAUUGUAUAUAAGACAAAAUAAAAUUUAUUAAAAGCAAAAUAUGUAUUAAGUAAGGUGUAUUUAAUAAAAUAAGGCACAUUUUUAGAAGCGCUUAAGUUAAAAAGAUAUUACAUCUCCAUAUAAUUGUUUUCCAGCAGCCUGAGAUGGUUUCACGGUUUCAUUGUGAAUAGCUAUAUUAUUACUAAUAAAGUUUUCUUUGAUGACCAACACCUUGCAUUGUAAUUUGGAAACUAUCUUACAGGAUUGAAACAAAAUGCCGUUGUACGAAACUGUAAUGCAGGAGAAGCCACCAGUUGUUUUGGACAUUGGAACUGCCUAUACAAAACUGGGCUUUGCUGCAGAAGCUUAUCCACGUAAAAUUAUACCUUCAGAGGUAAUACUAUCUAGCAAUGGAAAAACUAAAUCUUUGUUGGAUUAUGAAAGCAACACUGAUUUAUAUGAUCAAUUUGUAGACUUUUUGCAAAUGAUAUUCUUCAAGCACUUGCUGGUCAUACCAAAGGAACGUAAAAUCGUCAUCGUCGAAAAUGUGCUCGGUCAAACAAUAAUACGCGAAACACUUGCGCGUGUACUUUUCCGACACUUUGAAGUAUCCUCUAUCAUGUUUGUGCCUUUACAUAUGGCUGCAUUAGCAACGCUAGCUGUCCCUACCGGUAUUGUUGUUGACAUCGGCUAUACCGAAACAACUGUGAUGCCAAUUUACUCACGCGUUCAAAUACUGCAAGCAUUUCAAGAUCAAGCAUAUGGUGGUCACGCCAUACAUGCGGAAAUAAAGCGACAGCUUUUGGAAACUGGUGUUAACGAGAAGCAGCUCACUGAAUCCAUAUUGGAAGAUAUAAAAGUGCGUACUUGUUUUGUCACGAAUUUUGAGCGUGCAAAGGCAUAUCGCAAAGGGCAACCACCGGUUGCACCACCUGAUCAGGAAUAUCUCAUUAAUGGCGAAGAGAUUAUUGUAAUACCGGGCACAUUGCGUGAAACCGUUUUUGAAAUAAUGUUUGAAGAAAAUAACGAUCGUGAUAGUCUACCACAUUUAAUAUUACGUGCUAUACUCAGUUGUCCAGUGGAUGUACGGCGCGCACUAAUCGAAAGUAUUUUUGUAGUUGGUGGUAGUGCUAUUAUUAUGGGGCUGCUGUCACGUCUGAGAGCCGAAAUGCAGUAUUUAGCGGAAAAGGAUGAAGAGUAUAAGCAGAAAUUGUGCGGUGAUAUAAAAUUCAAAUUCCAUAAAACCAUUGGACGUGAGAAUUUCACAGCCUGGUUGGGUGGUUCACUUUGUGGCGGCACUGAUCUCAUCCAAACACACUCGCUUACUAAGGAGGCUUAUGUGAAGACUGAUCGUGUGCCUGAUUGGAUCAACUUGUCAGAUAAGCGCGCAACGGCAUAACAAAGAAAGUUGCGAAUAAAGUGAAGUAAAUCGCGUACGAUUGAAAAAAUAAUGGAUUGGCGUUGGUUAACUUAAUACUAUAGUUAAUAAAAUCGUAUAAUUAAAUUUAAGUAUUGAUCUUACUUUAAUUUUAUAAGUGGUUAGCUUAAGCCUCAUCUCCUUUAAUUUAUGAUUUAAUGUCUAGACUAGUUUGUACAAAUUCCACAUUAAAUAUAAACAAAUUAUGUAUUUAAUAAUAAAUACUUUCACGCUAACCCACCAAA